UCCUCUUAAAGGGGCCGCGUUCAUUUUCCGAGUCCAAAGGGAGGAAAGGGGCUUGGCUCCAGCCUCCGCCUCCUCCUCCUCCUCCCGAAGAAGAUGGCGGCUCAGGCGGCAGCAGCGGGGUCCCGGGCAUGGGGUCGGCACUUCCUCCCUUCCUCAGGGCUUUUCACCAGGCUCCAAAGCAGCCAGAGCCGUGUCCAGAGACUGACCGGAAGGCCCUCCGUCCAAAGCAGGCUCUUUAGCAACAGCAAAAUCCUGGUGGAGUUGGAUGAAAACACAGGAGUCGCAACAAUGACAAUGAAGCAUCCGCCAGUGAACAGCCUCAGCCUGGAGUUCCUAACUGAGUUUUCCAUUAGUUUGGAGAAGCUGGAGAACGACAAAGCCUGCCGCGGAGUCAUCCUGACCUCGGCCCUGCCCGGCAUUUUCUCCGCAGGGUUGGACAUCACUGAAAUGAGCGGCAAGAGCGAGGCCCACUAUACAGAGUUCUGGAAAGCGGUGCAGGAGAUGUGGCUGACUCUUUACCACUCCCGCGUGGCCACUGUCGCUGCCAUUAAUGGAUCUAGUCCAGCCGGAGGCUGCUUGAUGGCCAUGUCGUGCGACUACCGCAUCAUGGCCGACAACCCCAAGUUCAGCAUUGGAUUGAAUGAGACGCAGCUGGGCAUCGUGGCCCCGUUCUGGUUCAAAGACACCAUCGUGAACACCAUCGGGCACCGGGCCGCAGAGCGCUCCCUCCAACUGGGCUUCCUGUAUUCGCCGACGGAGGCCCUCCGAGUCGGUCUGGUGGAUGAGUUGGUGCCCGGAGAGAAGGUCCCCCUCCGAGCCGCAGAGGUCAUGGCACAGUGGUUGGCUAUCCCAGAUCACGCCAGGCAGCUUUCCAAAUCCUUGAUGCGGAAGCCAACGCUGGACCGUUUGUUAGCGCACCGGGAGGCCGACAUCCAGAAUUUUGUCAGCUUCAUUUCCAGGGACUCCAUCCAGAAGUCCCUCCAGAAGGUUAUGGAGAAGCUGAAGCAAAGGAAAGGUUGACCGUGGCCAAGGGCUCUUCACUGGUAGCCACACAGUCUUGGCCAGUUGCCCAAGUGCCUUUGGCUUCCCUUGCCCCUCCUUUUUGUGUGAGUUUUUGGGUGCAUUAUGGUUGGAUUUUUGCAAACUGGGCCCAGUUUGAGGGGAAGGGAUAGUCCAGGCCCAGUUACUUUGGCUGGGUCCAGUUCAAUCCCAUUCUCACUGCCUUGGACCCAUCCAUGGGAUUUGUAGUGUGGGGAGAUCCUUACCAACUUCUGGAUUGAACCCUGCCAGGACUACAAAUCCCAAGAUCACCAAGGAUGGAGCCAUGAGAGCUAAAGUGGGGCCAAAUUGCUAAAAGAGUGCAAGGAAGAACGUGGCCUUUGGUAAAUGUGAAUGGGCUUAAUAAACUGUCAAAACAGA